AAAGCCACGACUGUAGGACUCUCGCUGCCCAGCCCUCUGAUCCCGAGUGGGGAACAAAAGCACCUCUGCGCUCUCCUGCGAGCUCCAGGCGGGGUGUCCCACUCUCUCCAGGUUUUCAGUUACCCACAGUCAACCAUGGUCUGGAAAUAGGAGAUGGAAAAUUCCAGAACAAACAAUUCAUAAGAAUCAAUCAGUAAUAAGACCUUUGCAGCCAUGGCGAGUUCUGAUGUGAAACCAAAAUCAAUAAGUCGUGCCAAAAAAUGGUCAGAAGAGAUAGAAAAUCUGUACAGAUUUCAACAAGCAGGAUAUCGGGAUGAAAUUGAAUAUAAGCAAGUGAAACAAGUUUCUAUGGUAGAUCGUUGGCCAGAGACAGGCUACGUGAAGAAACUCCAGAGAAGGGACAACACCUUCUAUUACUAUGACAAACAGAGGGAAUGCAAGGACAAGGAAGUCCACAAAGUGAAAAUUUACGCCUACUAGGCCUUUGUUCUUUGUGCUACUCGUCAUAACCUUUUAAGAUUUCAUCGCUAAUGCUACAUCAUGUAAAUGUCAUUUUACAAAAUAAUUCAAGAUGCAGACUUCCAUGGAAUGUUCUGAAACACAGAAACCAUGAAACUUGGUACUUAUUAACCAUUCUGUUCUACCUAAAAUAUAACAGCAGAAGCAUUAAAGUUGUACCUGUCUUGGUCCUGUGCUUUUGAUGACUUUAACUGUGGUAAAAUACCAUCAUGCACAGGAAAAAGCUCCAUUGGAAACCCUUCCCCUGG